AUGGAUCCACCGCCGCCUCCGCGGGGACUUUGCCCCGUGCCGGCCGAGCGCCGCGGUCCGCCCGGCCGGGCUCACCCCGCGGGGAGCCACCAGGCCGCGCCGCCUCCUCCUCCUCCGCCCGGCAGCGGCGCCGAACCGGCCUCGGCUCGGCUCGCGGCGCCGGGGGGAGGCGGCGGCGGCGUCGGCCGCGGCCCUCCCCACGGCGGACUCGGGCCCACCUCGACCGGUGUCGAGGUAGAGGCGCGGAUGGGCCGAGCGAGCGGCUUCGCGUGCGAGGGCCACCAGUGCUACAAGGAGAAGAAGUUCCGCGAGGCCAUCGGCAAGUACCACCGCGCGCUGCUGCAGCUCAAGGAGGUGGGGGCCGACAGCGACGUUGCGGCGGCGGGACACGGAGGUGGUGGUGGUGGUGCCGGGAAGCUGAGUGGAGAGCAGAGGUCGCGAGUGGAGGCGAUUGAGAUCGACUGCUACAUCAGCCUGGCUGCGUGCCUGCUGCAAGCGGAGCUGGUGAACUACGAGCGUGUGCGCGACUACUGCCUCAAGGUUCUGCAGCGGCAGACGGACAACUUCAAGGCGCUGUACCGCGCCGGCGUGGCCUACUACCACCUGGGGGACUACCCCAACGCGCUCGCCUACCUGCGCGACGCUGGCACGCGGCAGCCUCACGACCUGAACGUGAAACGCUACAUCCAGCUGACGGAGAUGCGUCUCAGCCGCGCGCACUACCAGCGUGAGCGCGAGGCCGAGAGGGCGGUCCCGGAGUGAGCCGCCACCUCCGCCGCGUGGGGGAGCGCCGCCGCCGGGCCUCCACCGAGGGAAGGAGGACGAGCGGGGCUCGCCGCACCGACGGCGUUCCCCCUGGCGGCUUCCUCUUCGCGGCCACGGGGCGCGACGUUGCCGGAGCCACCGGUAACGGAAAAAAUGCGACGCUGCAGCUAGACAGAUGACGACGAAGACGACGACGACAACAACCGCCGAUUGCGAUGUAAAUACUCUUAUAAGGCAAUAAUUUAAAGACUGUUUUGUGGGUAAUCGUUGUACGUGUCGAUGCACGUUGCGUGCUCUCUACUGAGAAAACAGACAGACGAGGCUUAAAACCGACUUGUUUGGCUUUUAAGACACACCCCGAGAUCAUCGACGGGCGAGGGGGCGCACGCGCGGGGGGCAACGCGAAAGGCAACCGUGACCGUAGGACCGUUGCGGCGACGAUUGCUCCUAGCCGUGGAGAACCUUUGGACAAACCGGGCUGCCCCCUUCCUGUGCAGCGGGCGACCGGGAAUCCGCGAACUUCCAAUCGGGUCGCGACGCGGGGCGUCGCGUGGCUACGCCCGAGGGCCGUGUGCUCUCCCGUAGUCCAAUCCGCCGCUCGUCGGACGCGUCUUAUCGACAGGCGCCUGUUUUGGCGUUGGCCGGAAGAAUCUCCGGCCAACCUCCAUAAUGCCGCCGUGGCCCCCAACUUUACCGGCAACGAUUGCCCCGCGGACGAUUGCCCCGCGGACGAUUGCCCGACGAGCCGCCACGGUGGCUAUGAGAUGUUAACUCCCUCGCCUGGUACGCAGGAGGUCGUGGGUUCGAUCCCGACCCUGACGCCUGCUGCUGCUGCUGCAUAUUUGGAGUUUGCGUGUCUC